GCCUCCGGAAUCGCGGAGAGGUCUUCCAGAUUAUCCUCUCUGCGUGGUGCACAAUGAGUGGUGUCGAACCACUUGCCAUUUUUGGUGCUGUUGAUCUCUGCUUAAAAUAUGGAGGAAUUAUCGUAUCAAAGUAUAAAGCCUUUCAGCUAUCCGGAACCGAGAUCGAAGAGCGAGCGUUGGCCAUCGAAGCAGCAUGGAUGAGAAUAUCGCAACAGCUGGACUUUUUGAAGCGAGUUUGGGAAUCUCUGGAUAAAGCCUAUCAAGAGCUCCAAGCACGUAUCCUAUCUGUUCUUGAAAGAAAACUCGCAGAUUCUUUUGAUAGACGCAAGGCAAUAAAGUAUGUUUAUCUGAAGGACACUCUCUUCCAGGCGGUACAGAAUCUUCAAGAAUGGCAAAAAGAGUUUGACACUACAUGGUUCUUGAUUCUACUGAUGGCAGAUUCUGCAAUCGACUCAGAGCUGAAAAAACGCACAAGAAAUGAGAAAUUGUCGACUGCCAGACAUAUUCGAAGAGUCAUAAAACCCGAUUCCAGCCAUCACGAUGGGAAUGACACAAUUCUACCUCAGAAAGAUUUCGAGUCCGCAGAAGUUUUUGGAAUACCAUUUUCUUCAUUCAAGAAGAUUAAAAUCUCAAAAGGAUUUACAUUUAUCUUGGAUCCCUCAGAAGUUUCUGAUAGUAGAGUUGCUUCGAAGCUUGCAACUUCUAUACUAGCCAGAGAUGUUCGAAACCUGGCCACCAAGCUACGGGAAGUUGAUCCAAAUGAAUUUCACCUUCUAAAAUGCCAUGGCGUGGUCCCCAAAAAUGAACCAGGUACCCAGCGCUUACUUGCGUACGACUUCAUUUUCGAUCUACCGCAAGGAGACUUUGAGCCCCGAAGUCUCCGGGGUCUUUUGUUAUCGAAAAUGAGGUACACUCUAGGUGAAAGAAUUCGGCUUGCGCAGCAAUUCGCCACCGCUAUUCAUUACAUUCAUAUCCUUGAUUUUGUGCACAAACGCGUUAGACCAGAGAAUGUGAUGAUAUUACCCACGAGAAAUGAUCCCUCAUGUGUCGGCCAAUUGUUUCUGCUCGGGUUUCAAGAAUUUCGAGCAGCGGAAGGCAAGACAUUACGACUAGGUCACUCUGAUUGGUCGCACGAAAUAUACCAGCAUCCUGAUCGUCAGGGAGACAAUAUCAGCGAGGACUAUUACAUGCAACAUGACAUAUAUAGUCUUGGAGUUUGCCUUCUUGAGAUUGGGCUUUGGGGCUCACUUAUAAAUCACGACGGGACCGGGAACACGUCGCUGAUCCCUAGUGCGCAAUCGAAAGGCUUGCUUCUCCAAAAACAUUUCUUAUCACUAGCAGAGCAGGAGCUACCGCUUUCAAUGGGUGAUAAAUAUGCAAAAGUUGUCGUCAAUUGUUUAUCUUCCAUGAAGACAUCAAAUUUGCAUGCCGAUGGUCCAAGUGAAUUCGAGGACGAGAAUGGAUUUCUGAUUGGAAUCAAGUUCAUCGAGAAGAGGCAAAACGGCUAA